AUGAAGAGAUAUACUAAUACAGAAGAUUCAGCAGAGGAUUUAACCACUUAUUGGGGAAGACUCAAACAUUUUCAAAAUAUUAUCAGUCCUGCGUACUAAAUUUAUAUAAUAUUAGCAAUAUUUUUUAUUCUCCUGAGCAAUUAAGUGAAUAUGGAAAAAUAUUAGAAAACGUUGAUAAAGAUGAAUAAAUAAGAAAAAAAUACAGUGAUGAAUAAUUAUGGAAAAUGAGAUAUGUAGUUGAUUCAAAUAUUCAUCCACAAUUAAAAGAGCCUGUUAACAUUCUUUUCAGAACAUCAACAUUUGUUCCUGUUAAUGUACCAUUAGCUUUUGGAUUAGCUGUAUUACCACCAACGGUAAUUCUGAUAUUAAUUAUUAGCCUAUAAAUUAAUUGUUAGCUCAAUCUGCUAAUCAAACUUAUAACUUUAUGUUUAAUUAUUGUAAUAGAAAUGCUUCUAAUGUAUUUUCAAAUUAAAUGUUAGCAUGUAAAAUGUAGUUGUAUCAUUAGUUUCAUAUGGAGGAGCUGUUUCAUCUGCUGUAAUUGGAAGUUUAGGAACUUCUUGGUUAUUCAAGAAACUUAAUGCUCCAGCACUUCUUAUUAGAGUAAAUUUUAAUCUCAUUUUAUUAAAAGGCAUGUCCACUAUUUGGUGUUCUUAUAGCCAAUACAUUUAAUCUAUUCUUUGCAAGAUAUCCAGAUUUUUAAUAAGGAAUUUAAGUUUUUGAUGAUGAAACACAAGAACCAUUACCAGGAUUAUCUAAAGAAGCUGGUAAUAUUUAUUAAAUAUUAUUUUAAAGCUAAAAUUGCAUUCUUUAGAACUCUUGUGACUAGAUAUAUUUUACCAUUACCUAUGUUUAUUCCACCUAUUAUCAUUUAUUAUAUGAAAUAAGCUAGAUGUUAUCCUUAAGGUAGAGCAAUAGGUCUAGCACUUGAUUUAAGUAAUUUUUUAUAAAACAAUUAGGUUUAUCUGGAUUUUUCUUAUAUUGUGGUCUUUCUGUUGGAAUAGGAAUAUUCCCAUAAUAUUUAAAGGUUAAUCCAACAGAUUUAGAAUCAUAAUAUUAAAAUUUAACAAACAGCAAAGGAAAUAAGAUUAAAACAAUAGUUUUUAAUAAGGGAUUAUGAAAAUNUAACCACUUAUUGGGGAAGACUCAAACAUUUUCAAAAUAUUAUCAGUCCUGCGUACUAAAUUUAUAUAAUAUUAGCAAUAUUUUUUAUUCUCCUGAGCAAUUAAGUGAAUAUGGAAAAAUAUUAGAAAACGUUGAUAAAGAUGAAUAAAUAAGAAAAAAAUACAGUGAUGAAUAAUUAUGGAAAAUGAGAUAUGUAGUUGAUUCAAAUAUUCAUCCACAAUUAAAAGAGCCUGUUAACAUUCUUUUCAGAACAUCAACAUUUGUUCCUGUUAAUGUACCAUUAGCUUUUGGAUUAGCUGUAUUACCACCAACGGUAAUUCUGAUAUUAAUUAUUAGCCUAUAAAUUAAUUGUUAGCUCAAUCUGCUAAUCAAACUUAUAACUUUAUGUUUAAUUAUUGUAAUAGAAAUGCUUCUAAUGUAUUUUCAAAUUAAAUGUUAGCAUGUAAAAUGUAGUUGUAUCAUUAGUUUCAUAUGGAGGAGCUGUUUCAUCUGCUGUAAUUGGAAGUUUAGGAACUUCUUGGUUAUUCAAGAAACUUAAUGCUCCAGCACUUCUUAUUAGAGUAAAUUUUAAUCUCAUUUUAUUAAAAGGCAUGUCCACUAUUUGGUGUUCUUAUAGCCAAUACAUUUAAUCUAUUCUUUGCAAGAUAUCCAGAUUUUUAAUAAGGAAUUUAAGUUUUUGAUGAUGAAACACAAGAACCAUUACCAGGAUUAUCUAAAGAAGCUGGUAAUAUUUAUUAAAUAUUAUUUUAAAGCUAAAAUUGCAUUCUUUAGAACUCUUGUGACUAGAUAUAUUUUACCAUUACCUAUGUUUAUUCCACCUAUUAUCAUUUAUUAUAUGAAAUAAGCUAGAUGUUAUCCUUAAGGUAGAGCAAUAGGUCUAGCACUUGAUUUAAGUAAUUUUUUAUAAAACAAUUAGGUUUAUCUGGAUUUUUCUUAUAUUGUGGUCUUUCUGUUGGAAUAGGAAUAUUCCCAUAAUAUUUAAAGGUUAAUCCAACAGAUUUAGAAUCAUAAUAUUAAAAUUUAACAAACAGCAAAGGAAAUAAGAUUAAAACAAUAGUUUUUAAUAAGGGAUUAUGA